AUGCAUAAUAUAAUACAAUUAAACGACUACGAUAUACUAGAAUAACUUGGACAUGGUUCAUAUGGAGUUAUUCAUAAAGCUAAGAACAAUAAAAAUAACCAACUAUGUGUUAUAAAGACUAUUAAUACAAGUGAAAUGUCCUAAAAUUAAAUCGAAGAAGCCCUAAAUGAGGCUACAAUUUUAAAAUAAUGUGAAAAUGAAAUUGGAGACCUUGGAGUGGCAAAAAUACUAGAAAAAAACAAAGAUUUGGCAUAAACUGUUAUUGGAACUCCUUAUUAUUUAUCCCCUGAAAUAUGCCAAGAAAAAAAAUAUGACAAGAAAAGUGAUAUAUGGGCACUUGGAUGUGUUUUAUAUGAACUUUGUACGUCAAAACACCCUUUUGAAGCUUCUAAUUAGUUUGCUUUGGCCAUGAAAAUUCUCAAAAAUAAAGUUUAGUAGAUACCUUAGGGGUAUUCGAAACAUUUACAUAGAAUUUAAUAUUGGCUUUUAUAAAAAGACCCUGCUUAAAGACCUUGUACUGAAUAGAUUUUAUAGGAUUCUUAAUUAGACCAUUUAAUAGGUUUUAACGGAAAACAUUUAAAAAUGUGUUAUUUUCAUCCAAAGGAUGAUUAAAAAAUAUUAUAUGCUGUAGCAGGAAUUGUAGUAAUAGAAAACAUUAACGACAAACAUGAUUAAAAAUUUUUAAGAGGGCAUAACAUGCCAAUAACAGCAUUAGAAUUAUCAAAUUAAGGAAAUUUGAUUGUUACAGGAUAAGCAGGUUCUAAAUAAACUAAAACACUAGAAGCACCAAUUAUUUUAUGGGAUUAUAAUUCAUUAAGACCAAUAUAAACAUUAAAUGGCAUAAGAGAAUGUGUAAGCCGUUUAAGUUUAUCACCUGACGAGCAUUUUUUAGCUGCUACAGGUGCAAAUAAUUCUCUAACAAUUUGGAAUUUAAGAGAUUUUACAGUUGUACAUAAUAAAUUACUAGAACAUCCUAUUUCUGCAAUUUAAUGGGGUAGUAUGCGUAAAUCUUCUACUAGAUACAAUACAUAUCUUUUAAUAUCUAUAUAUGGCCCUACAAUAAUAGUAAAUACUUUAGAUUUUAAUGUUGGCUCUAUGCAGUAUACAUUAAAAUCUAAUACAUGCUAACUUCCAAAUUCUGGUUUAGUAAGACAAUAUACUCAAGUAGUAAUUGACUAAAACGGAGAUUAUAUAUUCGCAGGGACUACUGCUGGAGAAGUAUGUAUAUAUAGUCUCUAAAAUAUGAUAUUUAAAGCAGCUGUUCCUAUAGGAAAUAAUGGAGUUUUAAGUUUAGCAUUAUUUAAUGAUAUUCUUUUUGUGGGAAGUGGAGAUGGAAAAUUAAAAAAAUUGAAAGGUAAAGAUACAAGAUGGGCUUUAGAGAGUGAAUUAUAAGUUGAAGGAGCUAUUACUAGUUUAAGCUUGUAAAAUAAUUUACAAGAAUUACUUGUAGGAACUGCUAACAAUAAUAUGUAUAGAGUUCUUACAAGCAAUAUAGAUGCUACUUUAUAAACUGAAGGACAUUAAAGUAGUAUAGUAGGAGUAAGCUUUCCAUUUGAUAAAAAUGAUAUUUUUGUUACUAUUGAAAUAAAUGGAUUGUGUGCAGUUUGGGAUAAUAACGAACUAUAGAUUAUUACAAGAUGUUUACCAGUCGGAAUGAAUAAAGUUUUUGGUAGUAGUGUUACAGUGGCAGAUGAUGGAAGUAUAGUAUGUGGAUAUUCAGAUGGGUUUAUUAGAGCCUUUAAAAUUACUAAUAAACCAUAUUCACCUGUUUUUUGGGAAAUAGUAAAUGCACAUAAAGGUUGUGUGAGUUCUAUUUUUAUGAAUCAUAAUUAUGUACUUAGUGGUGGUUAAGAUGGUAUUGUAAGAGUUUGGAGUAGAGUAAAUAAACAAUUAAUUUAAUAAAUUUCGAUGCAUACUAAAGAUGUAGUAAGUGUUUUUCCUGAUAUUUAAAAGGAAAAUAUUAUACAUUCAGCUUCUAUAGAUAAAUCGGUUAAUACUUUUGAUUUAAAAACUGACAAAAAAGUUAUUUUCCACUAAGCUAAAAAUGGGUAAAUUCUUCACAUGUCCUAAAGAAAAGAUCAUGAAUUAGAAUUAAUUACUUGUGGACUUAAUAUUCCUAUUCUUUUCUGGGAUUGUGAUGUUUAAGAACCUGUAGAAUAAAUUAAUUGCCUUGAUAAACUUAAUUGUAUAGAAGUUUCACCUUCAGGUAAGUAUAUGGCAUUAGGAAAUGAUAUUGGAGAGUUCAAAAAUAAUUUUUAAUAUAAAAAAAAAAAUGUUAUGUAUAAUAAUUUUUACAAAAAAGAUGAGGGUUAUGCUUUCACAACUAGUGAAUCUGAAUAUGAUUCAGAAGAUAAUGAUUUAUAAGACAGUCAUAUAGAUAUAACAAAAUAUUUACCUGAAGCAAAUCCUUUAAUACCUAAAGUUUAUUCCUAACUCUUUGAAGUUAAAACAGUUAACAAUAUUUAAUUUGAAUAAUCCUACGUAAAUAGAUGGAACUUAUUAUUUCGCAACAUAUAUCUCUCACUUAAAAAAUUAUUUAAAAUCUAAAAAAAAGACAAAAUAUAAUUUUCUUCUGAAUUUGAAAGUGGUAAUUUAUUUUCAGCAUAUAAAGUUUCGGAAAAUGAAUAUGAUUUAAUCUUAUAAAAUGAUAUAAAUACAAAAGGAAAUACUUAAUGGUUCUUUUUUUCUAUAAAAAAUACUAAAGCUGGUUAAGCCAUUAAAUUUAAUAUUUUAAAUUUAAUAAAAACAGGAAGUCUUUUUAAUGAAGGAUUAAACCCAGUAGUUUUUAGUGUAAAAUAAAAUGAAAAAGAUGGAUAAGAAUGGAUUAGAGAUGGUUUUAAUAUAAAAUAUUAUAAAGGAGAAUAUACACGAGAUGGUUUUAGGGAUAAGCAUUAUUACACAUUAAGUUUUAGUUAUUAUUUUUAACAUUCAGGAGAUAUUGUAUAUUUCGCUCAUUCCUUUCCAUAUACAUUUAGUAAUUUAAAAGAAUAUAUUAAUUAAAUACUAUAAGAUGAAACUAAAACAAAAAUUCUAAAUAUAAGAUAAAUAGCUAGAACAUUAGCAGGAAAUAGCAUAGAUUGCUUAACUAUAACAUCAAGUUCAAUGAUAAAAAGAAAUCAAAGAAAAGGUGUAGUAAUAUUCGCUAGAUAACAUCCAGGAGAAACAAAUGCAUCAUACAUGAUGUAAGGUUGUAUAGAUUUUCUACUAGGAGAAAGUAAAGAAGCGCAAUAUUUAAGGGAUUCUUGUGUUUUUAAAAUUGUUCCUAUGGUAAAUCCAGAUGGAGUAAUUCAUGGAAAUUAUAGAUGUUCAUUAGCAGGAUGUGAUUUAAAUAGAAGAUGGAAAAAACCUCAUAAAAAAUUACAUCCUAGUAUUUGGUCAAUUAAAGAUAUGAUUAAAAAUUUUAGCAGAGAAAGAGAAUUGUGCUUAAUUUUAGAUUUACAUGGUCAUAGUAGAAAAAUGAAUACUUUUUUUUAUGGUUGCUCUUAUAAAGAAGAUCCUGUUUUAACUAGAAUUUUUCCUUAUUAAAUGUCUAAAAUGAGUGAUUAUAUUAGUUUUUAGGAUUGUAGGUUUAGUGUUAGUAAAUGUAAGGAAAAAACUGCCAGAAUAUCUCUUUGGAAAGAACUUAGGAUUGCUAAUAUAUUUACUUUGGAAAGUUCAUUUUUUGGUAAAAUGAAGGAUUAGAGAUGCUAUCAUUAUACUAUUUAGGAUUAUUUAGAUAUAGGAAGAGAUAUUUGUUUGAAUUUAUUUAAUGUUUUGGAAGACGAAGAAUUCAAAAAGGGAAAUAAAAUUAAAUUAAUGUAAGAAUUAAAGGAAAACUUCCAAAAGAUUAUCGAAUAAGAGGAAAUAAAUGACGAAAAUUCAUUCGAAUCUGACUCAAACCCUUCCGAAGAUGAAUUAGAAGAUGAAUAGAUGGUAAAAAUAUUACCUAAAUUCGUAUAUACGAAAAAACAAAGCCGAAUAUUCCAAUAAUAAAUUGAAAAAGAAAAAGAAUAAAAAAAAGAAGAUAUUUAAGCAAAAAAGAUUUAAUUAAAAAAAGCGAUAUAAUUUCGAGUAUAAAUAAUAACAAAAAUAAUGAUAACAAUAAUAAUAAUAACAAUAUAAAUGAAAAUAUUGAAAAUGUUAGAAAAUC